AUGAGUUGGCAAAAGACUGCAUCGCGUCCUUUGCGUCGCACAAUCCCGAUUUUGCCGGGCCGUCGAUUUGUGUCAAUAGACGGUAAACCCGCAACAUCUCAAUCACGUCUGCCGAUCGAACCGCCAUCAUCAGGCGAUAUAAGUCGGGGCUCGAGACCAUAUGAUGUCCCGCCCGUCAUCUCGCUACCUGAGGCACUUCCACGCGGACAACCUGGGGGCAGCAACCAGCCGCGGGUUGAUGAUUGGAUUGAGAAACUGGCCGAGAGCUACAUAGCAUCACAGGCGAGAAAUCAAUCGCGAAAUUCGAACAACCCGACAAAUUAUACCGGAUCUCAACGAAAAUGGAGAUCUACGUCGAGCUACAAUAAUGCGUCGGAUUCGAAAACACAAACUUACACCAAAAAGACAAAUGCCGCGAACAAUCAUGUUUCCAAGUCGGCCGGAAAGCAGAAAGCCACAGUGAACACUUCUGAGCGCAAAUCUCUCGCGAAGGGGGAGUCGACCGGAAAGCAGAGAGCCAUAGUGAAAACCUCUGAACGCAAAUUUCUGGCGAAAAAGGAGUCGGUCGGAAAGCAGAGAGCCACAGUGAAAACCUCUGGAGGCAAAUUUUUGGCGAAGGGGGAGACCGCACAUAAGCCGAGCGCGAGACCGAGCGCGAAACCAAGCUCGACAAGAUCUUUGGAUUCAGCGAAAAAACAGUCCACCGGAAGGCCAAGUACGGAAAAUGAUGGUGGCGCUACAUCAAUUGGAAUGCAGACAGAGUCCGUCAUUGAACCCAGCAAUUCGGUUCACAACAGCGGCAAGCUUCAGCUCCCGACUCAUGGAACGAAUUUGAACAUAAAGGAAAAAAAUGUUGAGAUCGAUCUUGUUGCUGUUUCGUCCGAAAAAUAUGGUUUCAAAUUUUCCAAUUAUGGAAGCAACGAUCCGUCCGAUCCCGAACGCGAAAAACGAUUUAACGAAGCUGGUAUUCAAUUAUUAUCGAAAUCGCUACAUAAACAGCUGUUUCCAAAGGGCGCGUCGGAGCCAACUAUAGAACUUGUCAAUCUUGCGAGAGGACAUCUUAAGGCACAUAGUCUGCUUGGGAAGCAAACGGAAAAGCAACAACCAAUCAAUCUGGAUCUUCCUCCAUUGGCUGGAACAAGUCUCGAUGAGCACUUUUACAGACUCGGAACUCAUGUUGGCGAACCAUAUCUUACUAUGGCAAAAGAUUUUGCGAACAUCGAAACUAUCCCGGAAAUGCCUUCGGAAUGGGUGGAAAAUGCAGGCUGGACAAGAUACGUGGCAGGCGAGAAACCAACCCAAGUUUCUUACCCAGAAGACGACUGUCUCGUCUUUGAUACCGAAGUUCUGUAUAAACAGUCGCCUUUUGCAGUUAUGGCAACAGCAGUCUCAAAAAAUGCUUGGUACUGCUGGUUGUCACCAUGGCUCCUUGGGAUAGAGGAAAAUCCUCGUCAGCUGAUUCCGAUGGGUACACACUCGGCCCCGAAAAUCAUUAUCGGUCACAAUGUCGGAUAUGAUCGAGUCCGGGUCAAAGAUGAAUAUCAUUUCCGAAUGUCGAAGGCCAUGUUCUUGGACACCAUGUCGCUUCACGUUGCAGCUAAUGGAAUGUGCAGUCAGCAACGCCCGACUUGGCUCAGAUUACAAAAACAAAAGGCUGUUGUUAAGAUUGCGGACGAGAACGCACUCGCAGAUGCCGAGUUAGAUCCCUCAGAGAAUGUGUCUGAUCCAGGGGACGAUGAGGAUUAUGAGCCAUGGGUUCGUAAGAGCUCGUUCAAUUCACUUGCAGAUGUUGCCAAGUUUCACUGUGGUAUUGAGGUGGACAAGUCUGAUAGAGACUACUUUGGCAUUCUCGACCGCGAGGGCGUCCGUGAUAUGCUUCAGCAACUGAUUACGUACUGUGCCAAAGAUGUGCAUACUACGUUCUCGGUAUACAAAGAGGUUCUACCGUCGUUUUUAAAAGUCUGUCCUCACCCUGUUUCAUUCGCUGCUCUUCGUCAUCUGGCAUCCGUGUUCCUGCCGGUGGACCAAACCUGGAAUGAAUAUAUCACACAGGCGGAGGAAAAGUAUCAGACAAGUCUUAAGGAGGUUGAAAAAUGCAUGAUUGAUCUUAUCGAGGAGACUGUCGCGCUCAGAAACGAGCCGGAGAAGUUUCAAGAUGAUCCAUGGCUCAAGCAGCUGGACUGGACAAUCAAGCCGAUUCGAAUGACGAAAGCUAAAAAGAACGAAGAACCUCGAAUGAUGAAGAACCAAAAAAUGCCUGGCUUUCCACAGUGGUACAAAGAUAUGUUUCCUAAAGCCAGUGCGCCAAUCUCCGUCUCUGUCCGUACCCGUAUUGCGCCGGUGAUUUUCCGGCUCGCAUGGGAUUCCAACCCACUUGUGUGGAUUGAUAAAUAUGGCUGGACGUUUCGUGCAAAUCGGACAGACAAACAAAAAUAUUUGACGAAGAACUAUACACUCUGUGACACUUCGGAUGUGACAAAGCCUUUCAUCACAGAAGACGUGGAUGGUGUUUACUUUAAGGUUCCUCACAAAGAUGGACCAGAGGCGCGUUGCGCCUCACCGCUUGCGAAAGGUUAUCUGCAGUAUUUUGAGUCUGGCAUACUGUCUUCUCAAUACCCGUCUGCUCGUGAGGCUUUGGAGAUGAACGCUGCGUGCUCCUAUUGGAUUAGUGCUAGAGAGCGAAUCAGGUCUCAAGUGCCUGUUUGGAAGGAAGACACAAACCUGGGCAUACAGCACCAUAAGCCCAGUGAACGUGGCCUGGGGAUGAUUCUGCCGACUAUCGUUCCUAUGGGAACCAUCACGCGUCGCGCUGUCGAAGCUACAUGGUUGACUGCGAGUAACGCCAAGAAGAAUCGCGUUGGGUCAGAACUGAAGUCAAUGAUUCGGGCACCUGAUAAUUACAAAUUCGUCGGAGCUGAUGUUGAUUCCGAAGAAUUGUGGAUUGCUAGUCUGGUGGGAGACUCACAGUUCAAGAUGCACGGCGGGACUGCAAUCGGUUGGAUGACGCUGGAAGGAACGAAAAGUGCGGGCACCGACUUACAUUCCCGGACAGCUUCUAUCCUGGGAAUAUCUAGGAAUGACGCGAAGGUAUUCAAUUACGGACGAAUAUAUGGCGCAGGUUUGAAAUUUGCUAUCCAGCUACUGCGGCAAUUCAAUCCAUCUAUAUCUGAACAAGAUGCAAUAAAGACUGCAACGCGAUUAUACGAAGCGACCAAAGGCUCGAAAAAGACACGGGGCAACGGACGUUUUAAGCGUGGAGCGUAUUGGUAUGGUGGAACGGAAUCACUGAUGUUCAACAAAUUGGAAGAAAUCGCAAACCAGGAUGUUCCUCGAACUCCGGUGCUGGGAUGUGCAAUCACAGAAGCACUGAUGAAAUCAAAUUUGGACAGAUCUUCAUUCAUGACAUCUCGAAUCAAUUGGGCAAUUCAAUCAAGUGGUGUGGACUACCUCCAUUUGCUGAUAGUCUCUAUGGAUUAUCUCAUCGAACGAUUCAAGCUUGACGCACGAUUAUCUAUAACUGUACACGAUGAGAUUCGAUACUUGGUGAAGGAUAAGGAUAAGUACAAGGUGGCUAUGGCCUUGCAAAUCAGUAAUCUAUGGACACGGGCCUAUUUUUGCGAGCAGAUGGGUAUCUUCGACGUUCCUCAGUCAUGCGCAUUCUUCUCGGCCGUCGACAUUGACCAUGUGAUUCGGAAAGAGGUGGACAUGCCUUGCGUCACCCCCUCGCAUCCCAAUCCUAUUCCUCCGGGAGAAACGAUGACCAUCACUCAGCUUCUGGGUACGAAGUCAGCCAAGUUAAAGCCAAAGGUAGAGAUUGAUCUCAGCCACAUUGAGUACACUCCACGAACCUCAGUCUUUGCUCAAAUGGAUCUCCAUCAGCAGUUGCUUGUCAAGCAACUCAAAAGUAGUGCUCCUGUGCCGAGUAGUGAUCUGGGAUUUUUGAGUGCACAAAUCGAGGCUUCGGGCGUGCCAGAGACGAAAUAUCGCUAG